GGGGUCACAUCCCACCCAACACACAACAUAUAGUCCUCCACCAGGGUGAAGCUCUGUCUGUCUGCCUCUCAGUCCCUCCUGGAUAAAACAACUGGCCGGAGCUUUGCACGCUCAGCAGCAUGGAGGUAACCAAAGGAGAGGACCCCUCGGCUGAACAGGCUGCGUCCUUGUUCUUGGCACCAGAGCUGGAGAGUCAAAGGAGAAACACUGAACGAGGAAGGAAGAGGAAUAACCAUUGUAAAAUCAUAACUGGGGUUCUGCUGCUGUGCUUCCUGGUGAUCAUUCUGGCUUUGGUCUUUUCACUGAGAAAGAGCAGUUCUGAAAACGCUGAAGGUGAGAUCUGGCUGCAGGCAGCAGAUCAGGAAAUUCAGUCACGGUGUCCACCUGGUUUCUCCAGGCCUCCUCUCAUCCUGGUGUCCUUGGACGGUUUCAGGUCCGGGUACCUGAAUGACCACAGCAGCCACCUUCCUGUCAUCAACAAGUUACGAAACGUCGGAACAACAACGCCAUACAUGAGGCCUGUUUAUCCCACAAAGACCUUCCCCAACCACUACACUAUUGUGACUGGUCUUUAUCCUGAGUCUCAUGGGAUUGUGGAUAACAAGAUGUACGAUGUGACCCAAAACACUUUCUUCAGCUUGAAAACUGAAGAAAAAUUCAACCCAAAAUGGUACCAAGGAGAGCCAGUCUGGAUAACUGCCAUGCAUCAGAAACUGAAAGCAGGAACUUUCUUCUGGCCUGGCUCAGAUGUAAGAAUCAAUGGCACUUUCCCAGACUUGUACAAGACGUAUGACAAGAGCAUUGCUUUUGAGCAGAGAGUGUCGACACUGUUUGAAUGGCUCAGUUUACCUCAGGGAGAAAGACCUGACCUCUACACUUUGUACCUGAGUGAACCUGACUCAGCAGGACAUCGUUAUGGGCCAGCGAGCAGCCAGGUCCUUCAGGCCUUGAUAAAUGUGGACAACAUUAUGGGCAUGCUGAUGGAUGGCCUGACACAGAGAGGCCUGAACCACUGUGUCAACAUUAUAAUUGUAUCAGACCACGGUAUGGAAGAGGUUUCAUGUGAAAAGGCAGCGUAUGUGUCAACCUACAUGGACAAAACUGAUGACUUUGAUGUCAUCCAGGGCCCGGCUGCUCGGAUCAGACCCACUCACCUGCCAGAGGAUUUCUUUUCCUUUGACUAUGAGGGUGUGAUGAAGAACCUGUCGUGCAGGACCGCUGACCAGACAAUGAGGCCGUACCUUAAAGAAAACCUCCCUAAAAGGAUGCACUUUGCAAACAACAAACGCAUAGAGAGAGGGCAUCUCUACAUGGCGCAUGGGUGGCAGGCUGCAAUGAACCGACAGGAACUCAAGUACUGCAACGGUGGAUUCCACGGCUCAGAUAACCUCUUCACCAACAUGCAGGCGAUCUUCAUUGGCUUCGGUCCAGGAUUUAAAGAACACACCGUUGUGCCUCCUUUUGAAAACAUUGAAAUAUAUAACCUAAUGUGUGAUCUUCUCGGUAUUCGUCCUGCUCCAAACAACGGCACUCAUGGCAGUCUGAACCACCUUCUGAAGAGUCCCGUCCACCUGCCAGUCCACCCAGCACAGCUCUCCCAUGAAACCCCAUGUGAGGGCAGUGACCCUGUCCCCGCUGAAAACCUGCAGUGCACCUGUACAACCCUGGACAAGGCAACGGAGACAGAUAUGAACAGAGCUCUCAUGACAACUGAUUCCACCGGUUUACGUCGCCUCCACCAUCCCUUUGGUACCCCUCGAGUCGUCCAACCAGGCGCCAACUUUUGUCUUCUUCACCAAUCCGACUACCUCAACGGAUACAGCAAAGACCGCCUCAUGCCCCUGUGGGUGUCGUACACCUUCCUGCCUCUGACCAGAGUCCGACCCCUGAGCCCAGAGUUGGAGCUGUGUGUUCGUGCUGACGUACGCAUCCAACCGACCACCAGCCAGCUGUGUCUGCGCUACAGAAACAACUCCGCUUUGUCCUUCAGCCUGCUGCAUCCCCCCAGUCUGAGUGCCAACGUAACAGAGGCAGACUCUCUAAUCACGAGCAACUUGGCACCAAUGUUCCCUGCAUUUAAAGAUGUUUGGAUCCAUGUCCAUGAUGUCCUUCUUCCAAAAUAUUCACAACAGCUGAACGGAGUUAAUGUCAUGAGUGGGCCGAUAUUUGAUGAAGACUAUGAUGGAAACGUUGAUGCGCUCAAAGCAAUCUCAGGGAAUGAUGCUCCCAUCCCGACACAUUUCUUCUUGAUCCUGACCAGCUGUGGGAACUCGACCUUCGGCCCUGUUGACUGUGAGGGUCCCCUGCAGGCCAAGUCCUUCAUCCUGCCCCACAGACCUGACCACACCGAGAGCUGUGCUGUCGGGUCAAACUUGUCGUGGGUGGAAGAUUGGCUGCAGUUUCACACAGCGCGAGUCCGAGACAUCGAGCUCCUGGCCGGACUCAGCUUCUACCACGACAGGUUAUCAGUUGCAGAGACGCUACAGCUCAAGACGUUGCUACAAACUGCGUAAAAUCUGAGACAUUAUCAAAUGGAGCUUUAAUUUACAAAGGAAGCCAUAUUGGUCUGCACCACAGGCCUCAGUCCACAUGGACACAAACAACGGGUGCCUCACUUGUAAAAGUUGUCUGUGUCCAAACCAAAUUGAGCAUUAAGUUCCAUCUGUGUUUUUUGUGAUAUGUCUUAUUCCCCCCAAAAUGUAUCAUGAGUCAAUGUGUGAUAGCUGUAUAUAUGUUUUUGAAUGAUUUUAUAGCUUUAGAGCUCCGAAGCUCAGAACCAAAGACGCCGUCACAUCUGCUGAGUGGCUCUAAAGUAUUUCCUCGGAUGGGAACAAAAUAAAAGGGAAAGGAAACAUUUAUUGAUGAAAGAAGAAUCUAUUUAUACUACAAUUGCUUUUAUUGGCAGGGGCACAUCAAGAAACACAUGACAAUCUGGAAACAGUUGUGACUGCUUCCACAUAUCUGGAGAGCUGCCUGCAGCAGCCUCAAAAACACCCAAGAAUUUAAGAAAGAAAAGAACCUUCCAGAUGUUGUCAUUGUAUAUUCAUGGUUGUUAUUUUAGUUUUUUUCUUUAUACGACACCAAUGAUGUUUUGAGUACUUUGUGAAUUGUUGCUUAAUGCCAUUUUGGAGAUAAUUAUACAGUUUUGAGUGUGUGUGUUAACUGCAUGGAUGGAUAAUAAGACUGAAUUUCCCCUCGGCACUGACAUGUAAAAGGCCUCCCACCUCUCCUACAUACAGAAAUACACCCAGACUGAAAGAGACAGAAUGACUGCAACCAACGUGACUGGUUUUAAGGUUGUUUUGUGUAGUUCUCUGCUUGUUUUCGCCUUUUUUAAUUUUUUGUCUCAUUGUUGCCAUUUAUGUCUUAUUUCUGGUCCUUUUGCUUUUAGUGACAUCCUGCAGGUGAAGCAGCAGAAAUGUCAGGUGCGGCUGUUGGUAACUAAUAAAGGAUUAUCUUAUCUUAUCUUAUCUUAAGAACUGCUGCUGAACUUCAGUAUUUAGUUUGAGCUGGAGAUGAGGAGAGCUGUCUGUGCCCAGUAGUCAGUAAUCAAUUAUUCAUCCAUGAGGGUUUGUGUGUGUAUGUGCAUGCAUGCAUGGGUUUGUGUCUUUAUGUAGCUGAAAAUAUUUUUGGGAUCAACAAAAUUUAUUUUCAAUCUCUUUAUCUUUGCUCUUUACAGCGACUGUCUGGAAGUUAAGGUUGGCGCGUAGUUUAAGGAAAAUAAGAACAGUUCAACAGAUUUUGUCAUCUCCAACAUGUAUUCCAGGUUUUUUAUUUUGGUAUUUGUAUUUUUGGUAAUAGCAACUACUGUCAAAUACACAAUUUCAUAUAAAAACUCUUCUACACUGA